AUUGACACUUGUCAGCCCAGUACUGGUUAUUAAAUCCGUAAUAAAGAAGAUAUUUCACUUUCCACUUUGCAAAAAUAAUGGUACCUAGCGGCGCCAUCAAGAUUUCAGGUAUAGAUAGAUCAUAGAAUCUAUGCGAUCUGGGUUUCCUCGUACAAAAUCUUCACGGCGUAGAAAUGGAAAUGGAUACCUACCAUAUUACCCCUUAAAAUAUGUAAAUUAGUUUGGAAUUGUACUGUGGGAGUUGAUGGGCAGAAUAGAGUUGUUGGGCUAUCGGAAGUGGAACAGUAGCCAGAUUUUAGAAUUACCUAGCGAAUCUGACUGGUCCCUUUCAAGCCGAACCAACGAUGUGGGAAAACUGCCACGUUUUUAAGGUGAAUUGAGAUAUUUGCCUGGUUCUUAUCUGGAAAGCGGAAGGGAUAGAGUUUGAGACCAAGAAAGAGUCUCUUAUCUAUGUCUGGAAUCUAAACAUAAUUAGAGUUUGAUAUUGUAUUCGGGUUUCAGUAUUAUUGAGACAAAAGCCAUUGAAAGGUUUGUAUUUGUACAUCCAGAUGGAGGGAGAUGCAUUCUCUGUUCCCGGGAAUGGAAAUCAGAUGGAUGGUAAGGUCUUGCAAACCUUUCAGAAAAGCUUUGGUCAGGUGCAGAAUAUUCUAGAUCAGAACCGGUUGCUAAUUAAUGAGAUAAAUCAAAAUCAUGAAUCCAAGAUCCCUGAUAAUUUAAGCCGAAAUGUGAGCCUGAUUCGAGAGCUUAACGAUAAUAUCAGAAGAGUGGUGGAUCUCUAUGCUGGGUUGUCUACUGCAUUUACAAAGUCAAUGGAAACAUCCUCAGAGGGUGAUUCAGCCGGGACAUUAAAGUCUGAUGGGAAGCCUUCUGUUGCUUCUAGCCAAAAGAGACUUCGGCCAUAGCUUUGAUGUUCUAUAAGGUUGUAAUAUUACCAAUUCUUUUGUAUUUACAAUCUGUGAAAGUGCUUGCAUGACAGCAAUCACAGGUUAAGCCUAGUACUGUCCGAUUUUAGAGUCCAUAGGACAAACCGGUCAGGCAUUGAUAGAAUUUGGAAGAAAAUGUUUUGGACUGUGUGUAAAAAUAUCACUUUUUGAAUGGGUGUGAAUGAAAUAGGCAUUUUGCAAUUUAAUAAAUGACCGGGCCUGUAAAUGAGUAAGAGCUUUUAUAGACGAUCUUUUAGAAGGAAGAAUGAUUGAGAAGGAAGAAUGAUUGAGAAGAAAAUAGAUUUUUUGUUGCUUGGUUGGAA